GAAAAGACAGAAAAUGACACAGAUAACAGUGUUCUGCCUCCGGUGGACAAUACAUAUGAUUUUCUGGAGUGGUAUGAGAGCCUGUGCAGCAAUAACCUGAAGGCGGAUGAUACUCCCUAUGAAGCAUACUACAAACAACUGGAGGACCGGAGGAAUGAAUGUGUUGCAUUGACGGAUAGAAUUGGUGCAACAGUAUCUGAUUUGGAUAAACUAUCGGAACAAUACAACUUUGUAUCAAACAAAACAAACACAUUGCACAUGAUGAGUGAGCAGCUACUGGCUGAUCAAACUAAACUCAGCAAUAUUGGUGAUGACAUUAAACAGAAGCUACAUUACUUCACACAAGUGGAGCAUUUGUCACAGCGUCUCAACAGCCCCACCAUGUCUGUGAACAGUGACGCUUUCUUCACAGUUUUGGCUAAAAUUGACGAAUGCCUUGAUUACAUGAAAGCCAAUAGCGGUUACAAAGAAUCCCACACUUACCUAGUGAAGUACAGGCACUUGCAAAGCCGCGCCAUCGCUCUGAUACGUUCUUACGUGACGCACGUGUUGAACCAUGCCACCGAACAGAUACUGACGUCUAAGGAAGACGACCCUAACGACCAGGAGUCCAUGGACACCGCGUAUGCCGUAUACUUCGGCAAGUUCCAGGCGGCGGCACCUAAGCUUAGGAAAGUUAUCAGUGAGAUAGAGAACCGAGCUGACACUAAUGCUGACUAUGAGUCUCUGCUGUCGGACAUCCAGCGCGAGUACGUGUCGCGGCGCGCUCGAUUCGCGGGCGCGGCCACGGCGGGCGCGGUGCGCGGUGCGGCGAGUGGUGCGAGUGGCGCGAGUGGCGCGAGUGGCGCGAGUGGCGCGAGUGGUGGCGGCGCGUGGCGCGCGAGUGACGCGUGCGGGUGCGUGCGCGCCGCGUGCUCGGUGGUGUCGCACGCGUGUCGCGACGAGCACACGCUCUACCUGCACUUCUUCAGAGAACCCUCACCGGCACUUGAAGAAUAUCUGCAAUCUCUAUGCAACAGUUUAUAUGAAACGCUGAGACCUCAAAUAAUACACAUUAACCACCUGGAGACACUCGCUGAGCUGUGCAUCAUAUUACGAGUGGAAGUUAUUGAAGAACAAGUCAACAACGACCCGGCGCGGCUGCGCGCGGUGGGCGCGGCGGCGCGCGCGCUGGCGCAGGACGCGCAGGAGCGCCUCGUGUUCCGCGCGCACGUGCAGCUGCGCGCCGACGUGCUGCGCUACCGCCCCGCGCGCGGCGACCUCGCCUACCCGCACAAGCUGCACAUGAUGGAGCAAAUCGCUUUAUCUAUACAAGAAGCCUCUCUGAAGCGGAGCGACUCACGCAACUCUAUGAUAUCAGACAUCUCGGCGACGUCGCAGGAAGUCGCCAACAUCAACGUGGAGGCCCAGAGACGACCACAAGCCUCGCCUGCCGACCUCCAUGGCAUGUGGUACCCGACCGUACGCAGAACUCUCGCAGCGCUUUCGAGGCUCUACCGCUGCUUAGAAAAGAGAGUCUUCCAAGGCCUCGCCCAAGAAGCAAUUUCAUUAUGCGUCCAAAGUAUAGACGACGCAGCAAAGCAGAUUUCGGAAAACACCACCAACAUAGAUGGAGAGCUAUUCCAGAUCAAACAUCUUUUAAUCCUACGAGAGCAAAUCGCCCCAUUCCAAGUCGAUUUUGUGGUGAAAGAAACCAGUUUGGACUUUAGCAAUAUGAAGAACGCAGCAUACGGCCUGAUCCAGAAGCCCCGACAGAUCUUCUCCCUGAACUCUAAUAACGCCUUGCUAGAGUUCCUGUUGGAAGGCACGCCGAUGGUGAGGGAACAUCUUCUGGACUCGCGCAAGGAGGUCGACAGGCAGCUGAAGAGUUGCUGCGAGAGUUUCAUAAAAAACGCUACGGAAAUAUUAGUUGGGCCUAUGAUUAGUUUUAUUGAAAAGGUGUGUAUUAUUCUGCUUGUCUAA